GCAGCUCGGUGGCCGUGGCGAUGUCGGUGACGGUGACGAGGCUACCGAAGCUACCCCUGCUCCAGGGGGCUCCGACGGCGGCAGACGGGCAACCAAUGUCCUCCUCUUCUCCCCCGUCGCCGUCCCGUCUUGUGCCCCAGCUCCUGGUCGCGCUCCUCCAGCGCCGCCGCUUCGACGCCACGCUGCGCCCGUCCCCGGCCUUCCGGGGUUUCUCCCCGUCCUCCAUCGCCGCCGCGCUCGCCGCCAUCCCGCGCCUCCUCCUCCCGCGCUCCCCGCGCCGCCUCUGCCCGCAGCGCCCCUUUCCCUCCCCGUCCUCCGCCCCCACCCGCCGCCUCGCCGCCGCACUCACCCUCGCAUUCCUCUCCUGGUCCCACUCCGACGCCAACCCGUGCCGCCCGCCGCUCACCGAGGCCCCGCUCCGCGCCGCCGCCCUCUCCCUCGCCCGCGCCCGCGCGCUCCCCGCGCUCUUCCGCCUCCUCCGCGAGCACGCGCCGCUCGUCUCCACGGCCGGGCUCACCGACGUCAUACGCGCGCUCGGAGAGGAGGGCCUCCCGCGCCACGCGCUCGCGGCCUUCCACCGCGCGCGCCAGUUCCAUUGCUCCCCUGACGCGCAGUGCUAUAAUACUUUGCUCGCCGCGCUGUGCCAGAACAGCCGCUUCAAGGAGGCCAGGUUCCUUCUCGACCAGAUGGAGCGCCCCGGCGCGCGCUGCAGCCCUGAUUCCUACACGUACACGGUGCUCAUCUCCUGGUACUGCCGCAUCGGGGUGGAGACGGGUUGCCGGAAAGCAGCGAGGAGGAGGAUCUAUGAGGCAGGGAGGCUGUUCCGGAGAAUGGGGGAGAAAGGGCUGAAGCCAGAUGUCGUGACCUACAACUGUUUGAUCAAUGGCCUGUGCAAGACAUACCGUGUCGAGCGUGCACACGAACUGUUUGAUGAAAUGCUAAAGAAGGGCUGCAAACCAAACAGGGUUACUUACAAUUCUUUUGUGAGAUAUUAUAGUGUGGUGAACGAGGUGGAAAAAUCUGUUAAGUGGAUGCAGGAGAUGGUGGCGAGGGGACAUGGGGGAGCGACAUCGAGCACAUAUACGCCUAUUAUCCACUCUUUGUGCGAGAGUGGACGGAUUAGUGAGGCAAGGCAGUUCAUUAUCGAAAUGGUUCAAAAUGGGCAUCUUCCUAGGGAACACACAUAUAAGCUUGUGAAAGAUGCAAUUGAGGAGGCACAUGAGGAGGCUUUGCCGGCAGAGCUGUGUCAGUCUAUUGACUAUGGCAUCAAGGAGAGAUUUCAACAGUUAUUGCGAAUGAAGCCCAUAAUGCGAUCAGUCACAAGAUAGAUAACUGAGGUGCAACAUGAGCCAAUGCAAACUUGUUAUCCACUCUUGGUGUUGAGAGGGUUGUACACCAAGCAAAGAAUUCUUUAUUGAGAUGUGUACAGAGUAAAUGCUUAUACAUGUAUCAUCUGUGAACUGAGGAACAGUGUCAAUGGGAGUGCUCUGGUUAGUGUCUUUGCUGAAAGAUCAUUGCCUAGGACUUGUUGCCCAACAUGCCACUUGAAAGUAGAUCAUCCCAGGCAAAAUGUUGCGCGGAAGGUAAGCAAUAUCUGUGGUUCUUGCUCAUGGUUGACGUUGGAAUAAUUAUUAUGCAACGAACUUGCCAAUUGUUAUUGCUACAGCCUUUGUUUCUGUACCAUUUUGGGAUCCUGUAGUUUUUCAGCAUAAUACUCCUGUACCAAUAUGCCAUAAUACAGAUUUGGUCUUUUCUUGCUAUCUUCAGUUGUUGCAGUUUACAGCUUCACUUUUUUUUUGUGGUGAAAGACAGCAUCACAAAAUUGAAAUUGCCAUUUCCUGCUAUCUAGCCUGGAAC